GAAGAAUGCUUUCAAUAUCUCCUGAAAAAUAGACCAACAAUUGCUUUAAAAUUAUAUAGAUAUAUGGUUUUUCAUCAUUGUGAUUAAAAGCCAUCCUUUGUAGCUUUUGAAGAUUUAGGUUAAGAAUUAAUGUAAUUAUUCAUAGUUGGCAAAUUGACUAAACCAGAAACUCUAAAUAGAAUGACUAGAACAGAAUAAUAUUCAAUUAUAUCGAUACAGAAAAUAAACAUGGCAAAAAUUGAUUAUGAUUAGGAAAAAAUAUCAUAUCUAGAUGCAUUUGAUUUAUUAAGUGAGAUUGAAUACUUUAUUUGGGAAUAAGGAUAUUUUGUUACAGAUUAUUAAAUUUAAGAUGAAUAUACUACCAGGUCUAUUCUCAGUAGAUUAUUUACAUCUUCUGCAGGAUCUAUUAUGUUUUAUGAUCUUACAAUAUUUUUAGAACAAAACUUUCCUUGUUUAUCGAUAUUAUUAACUAAAUAUUUCAAUUAGUUAUUUAUUUCAUAAAGAAAUUAUAAUUAAUUAUCUAAAUUUUAAAAACCUUCUUAUUUAGUUAAUAAUUCAACUUUUGGAUAUAUGGCAAUAAGUAGUUCUGUUAUUUAAGAAGCAGAUUCAUUUGAAUUAUUAUGGACAAGUGUUAGAGGAUGGAAUUUUGAUUAGCUCUAUGCUGCUUUAAUAGGAUUUAAGGGAGCAACACUUAUAUUAAUUAAAUUUGAUGAUAGUACUGAAAAUGAUAGUGAUGAAGAAGAAAAUACUAAAUAAAAAAAAAUAAAAAAUAGAAACAAUAAAAAUUGUAUUGUAGCAGCAUUAAAUUCAACUUAAUGGAUAGAGACUAAUUCCUAUUAGGGAACUAGUUAAGCUGUAUUAUUUCAAUUAUAUCCAACUUAUACUCCUUUUAAUGUUGCUACUGAUGUUUUUAAAUCAAAAAGACCUGGUUCAUAAAAUUAUUGUUAUUUAAAUAAUAUAGAUAAUAAAAAAGGAUUAGGCUUUGGUGGAGAUAUGAAAUAAUUUAGAUUGUGGAUCUCAGCUUAAAAUAUGCAAUAAUCUAGUUAUGCAGCAAAGUAAGGAGAACCAUAUAUAAAAGGUAUUCAAAAUUAAUAAAUAUUACAUAGGUGAUUUAAUUGAUCCUUCAAUUUAAACUCCUACUAUCACAUAUAUAGAAGCUUGGGGUGUAGGCAAUCAAAAUUUAGAAUGUGACAGUAGUAGUGAAGAAGAAAUCAAAUGUUAUAGAGAAUCUACAAAUGACUUAUUAUUAAAAUAUCAAUCAUGA